AUGCUGAGAUUGCGCCAGCCCAAAGUUGAGAUCAUGCAAAGUGGUCAUUUCGUCUCUCGAUGCAGCGACUACAUCAUCUACAGCGUCGAGGCAAAGAACAUCGACGCCGUUGUGAAAGCUUUUGGUCCCUCAACCAAGGUUGGAGCGAUCGUCGGUGGACAGACAUCAUGCAAAGCUCCAGAGAUGGAAGCAUUUGAGAGACACCUUCCCAAAGACGUCAGCAUCGUCUCUGUCCACUCUCUACACGGCCCUGGUCUCGACCCGAAAGGCCAGCCCUUGGUCUUGAUCAAGUAUCGAGCCUCAGAUGCCGACUUUGCCUUCGUCGAGAAGGUCAUGUCAUGCCUCGGGUCAAAGCACGUUUACCUAACAGCCGAACAACACGAUCGCAUUACCGCAGAUACACAGGCCGUUACCCAUGCCGCCUUCCUCAGCAUGGGUGGUGCUUGGUUUGCGAACAACCAGUUUCCUUGGGAUUCCUCGCGCUACGUCGGCGGUAUCGAGAACGUGAAGAUGAAUAUCACACUUCGCAUCUACUCCAACAAGUGGCACGUCUACGCUGGUCUCGCCAUACUGAACCCGGAUGCAAAGAAGCAGAUCAAGCAGUACGCCGAGUCUGUCACUGAACUUUUCAAGCUCAUGCUUGCCGGUCAACGGGACGAGUUGCGCGAACGAGUGCACACUGCCCGCAAGGCUGUAUUUGGAGACAACCAUGACGGCAAGAAGCUUCUCCUGCGAGAUGAUCUGCUCGACAAGUUUGCUCUGGGCACGAUCCCAGAGAAGAAGCUGAAGAACAACCAUCUCAGUCUACUGGCCAUGGUAGACUGCUGGUGGAAGCUAGGCAUCGUACCAUAUGACCAUAUGAUCUGUUCAACUCCCCCCUCGCGCAUGUGGCUCGGCAUCACAGAAUAUCUCUUCCGCAACCCCACACUCCUCGAAGAAGCCAUAGAUACUGCCAUCGACGACAACACGUUCCGUGCCGACGACCUUGAAUUCACCUUUGCCGCUAGGGACUGGAGUUCACGUGUCAGCCUUGGUAACUUCGAUGGAUAUAGGGAGAAGUUUGAGAGGAUCCAGAAGUACUUUGAGCCCAGGUUUCCAGAGGCUACCAAGUUGGGGAACGAGAUGAUCAAGGUGAUUUUGCAGAACACGCAAGAUCCCUGA